ACAGUCAUAUUUUCUUAGUCACAAGAAAUUAAGUGUCCACUUCCGUAUUUAUCGGAAAUCUUGAAAAAUAUGACAAUACUCACUUCAUAAUCACUUAAAAAAGAGGCUGACCAGCAAAGAAUUGAUCAUAAUCUGCAACAGUGAGAGUUUCUUUUGCACACGAGAUUUGCAACACCAAUGUAAUGUGACUUUCAUCAUGUUGACAUUUCGACGACUCAAAAUCUCACUUCUUCCGUGUUAGAUAAUAUUACACUAGAAAGUUAUUUUCAAGAAUCAAACGAACCUAAUAACUGAUUCAUAUGACCUGAAAUGAGCGAUACUUUCAAAAAUGAGAUACAAAUGUAAGUGACACAACUGAAUAGCAAGGAAUUACACAUUAUUUUGUAAUUGUUAACAUGGCAGGGCCUGCAUUAAAUUUUACCCAUGACAAGUUUCCAAGAGUAAAGGUACUGUAUGCCUACCAAUAUGAGGAUGACCAUAAAGAACAGAUCCACAUGGAAGAGGGUGAAAUAUUUUAUUUGCUGAAUUCUGAUUCAAAAGAAUGGUUUUGCGUUUGUCGGCCAGAUUCACCAGAAAGCGAGUUUUAUGUGCCCUCUGCCUAUGUGGAGGUAUUAGCAAGUGUGAGAGAUGGCUACUUGCCACAGUCCAAAGUAGACCAAAGCAACAACACUGGUGUUAUUGAACUACGUUUAAACAAGGAAAUCAGUAUAAGUGGCCAGGUUGAGUCAGGUUCAACAAAUUCAAAACAAAACAUGGAUGAUGAUGAUGAUGAUGACUAUAUGAAUGUUGAAAGCCAUGCACUCAAAAGUAAUGUGGGAGUUAGUUCAUUUAAGGGUCAAACUUUGGAAACAAAUGCUAAUCGUCCACCAAGUUUGGAUGGGGAUGCUGAUGAUGAUUAUGUUAACCUGGCAGAUUACCGUGAAAAGGCUGGUUUAACAAGCGAUGGCUCAACUAUUCCUGUAAAUGACUCCAACCAGUCGAAAUGGCCAAAACUGUUCUUUCAUAGGAAGACGAAGUCUGAUGUUGGGGACAUUGGGGACUACGCAAACCUCGACGAGAUUCGUAGUCAUAUGAAGUUACCUCCCCAGCAAGAAGCCUUACCGCAACUUUCGCAGGGUCGUUUGGUCAAACCUCUUGGCGAGGAUUGGCAACAAUUCGAAGAAAUUAAGACCAAGCGACCGUUCUACCAUAACACUAAAACCGGGGAGUGUAAAUGGAAACCGCCAAAGGGCAACUAUCACCAACAAAAAGAGAAAAAGUGGUCAUCAUCAUCGGACGAUUACGAAAAUGUGACCUUGUGCCAAGCGUCUAGCGAAGUAGCAAUCACAAAAAGUUCGCGUAAGAGUCGCUCGCUAGAUCUAGGGCGGCCUCGUUUUGUCGUUGAAAGCGAGAUUCCGCAGGGGUGGUCAUUUAAGAAGAACGACGAUGGUGAAGAAGUAUUUGUGAAUGAUUACACACAGCAGCAGUGGAUUCGAACACAGGACGAAUCGGGUAGGAACUAUUUCUACCGGUUCAGCGAAGAAAUAACACACACUAGUUGGCAACUUCCACGCCAAGUGGGAGGUCAGAGCCCUACGGGAAGCUUGUCCCCAGAAUCACCAGACCCAAACAAAACGUUCUUCCCGCAGAACGUAAGCACCGCCGAACAGAAAUUUGCAAACUUGUUCGCGCCCCCAUCGCAGUCUCGAGUCAAUCGUCCCCCCCAUCAGAGACACAACACCUUCUCAAUGAUCCUUGAAACGGGAAGCGGGAACGGUCCCGCUACGGUAAUGACUGGUCCCCCUCCUCCGAAAUCGGCCACUCUGCCUAAAAGUUUUUCCACUCAAGAUUUUUCGGCACCCGUUCAUCUAGACACUAUCCAAGAUGGUAGACGGGAAUCGAACGAAUCUAUUAACUCCCUUCACAACUGUGUAAAUAUUAACGAAACGGUCGAAGGAAUGCUCAACAAGUGCAAGAUAGCCAUAGGGAAGAAACCAUCCAAAAAAUGGGCGUCCCAAUAUGCAAAACUGGACGGCUCAAACCUAGUGUUCUAUAAGGACAAGAAGGCAUCAAUUCCAACGAAACAAGACGUGCACGGGAAGGUAGAGCAGAUGGUCUGUCUCGUGAAUUGUUCCGUGUCCAAAGACUCCUUCGACAAAACUAGCAAGAAAAACACAAUAGUGCUCUCAAAUCCGGAAGGACAUUUGUUGCUGCAGGCAGACAGUGAGACCUCGAUGCAGGAAUGGUUUAUCAAGAUACACACCCGAAUAGGAGAACUGGGAGGUACACCAGACAGCCCGGAUACACCCAUCUCAGGUCAGGACCAUGAAACCGCAGGGGAUAAACCCCGGUCCUUCCCCAAAUCGCGUUCGUUCAUCAAUCUAAGUAGACGCGAUUCUGGGACGUUGGAGCGUAAAGGAAAAAUCAAGAAAUCCCUGGAGAGUUGGAUCUCGAAAAGAAGUGACAAGAAAACACUGGAAAAUAAAGGCAUCUAUAAAGAAAACAUGUUUGGAGGCGAGAUUAAACAGAUUUGUGCCAAAGAGAAAUCAAAAGUGCCUACUUUUGUGACGAAGUGUGUGGAGGCCAUUGAGAAACGAGGACUGGAGCAUGAGGGUAUUUACAGAAUUGCCGGCAGCAUGUCACAGAUUCAGAAACUGAGGUGUACUGUGGACCAGGGUGAACAAUAUAACCUUGAUGACCAGAUGUGGGAUGUACACGUGCUCUGUGGAACCCUAAAACUGUUCUUUAGGGAGCUAAAGGACCCCUUGUUCACAUACGCCUUGUUUGAUAAGUUCCUUAAGGGGUUUUUGUCCGAGAAGGCAGCUGAGAGAUUUAAACAGAUCAAGUCUGUCAUGGACGAGCUUCCUAGACACAACUAUGACACCAUCAAGGCCCUCUUCAAACAUUUCUGCAAUGUCAUGGAUUUACAAAAGGAAAACAAGAUGGCUGCUCAUCAACUCGCCAUAGUUUUCGGGCCAACGUUGAUAUGGCCUGACCCGCAAACAACAUCUAUGCAACUGGCCACUAGCUUAGUCUACCAGAGCCAAAUUGUGGAGUUUGUGCUUUUAGAAUACAAGAACAUUUUUAGAUGAAACUGAAAUCGCGAACUAUUAAAAAUCCAUUUUUUAAAGUUUGUGCUGUCAGAGUACAAAAACAUUUUGUAUUCCCUCACUAGAAUACAAGAACCUUUUUAGAUGAAGCUGAACAAAUUGAACUAUUGAAAUUAAAAAAAUUUGCCCUGUCAGAGUACAAAAAAGAUUUUGUUUCCCAUCAGCGAUUGAUUGAUUGAUUAUGAUAGGAUAUGAAAAUGCGAUAUCAUUUUUAGAUAUUCUAAAAUUCUGAACUUUCCUCUGCUAAUUCUUACCAAGGUAGCUGUGGCAUAGUGGAUAUGGUGUCCGCCUAGCGACCAGGAGGUCAUGGGUUCCAUCCCCACUGUGAGAGCAUUCUUUUUAUCUCAUUCAAAGACAUUUAAGUACUGGCUCCACCCAGGAAACCGACUCGAAAGCAUUUCAAUAAGCAUUAGGCUUUCAACGCAUUUUAGCUCAAAUAAUUAAGGUUGAAAUAAUGCUUGAUAAUGAGAAGCAGGAGGCUGGCACUGCUGUCUGGAAACAAAAGAAAGUUUGUGCUCUUAGUAUAUGAGACGUUUUCUGAUGAAACUAAAAUUAUUAACAUUCCAUCAGUGAGCCACUUUUGUGAUAAAGUCUUGUUCAGGCUCUUUUUUUAAAAUUAAAAUUACAUACUACAUAGUCAAGUUUAGUAAAAAGCAACACAAUGUCAUCCACAUUUUUUCAAUCUAAAUAUGUUCAUAAACACAGGGCAUUUUAUGAUUAUGUAUUACUGUGCCUAAUUCAUAUCAUUCUGUCUGGAGUGUUUUGUGCUAAAUAUAAAGUGUACUGUUAAUGGAGAAUUUCUCUUUACAUAAUGUUAGCUGUUAUUUGUAAAAUUAAUCAUUUUAAGAUUGGGAUUGAUUGUGAACAAACUACUAUUUUAAGAUUUCAUUCAAGCAUCAAAACUACAUGGGUGUGUCAGGGCUCCGCCUACAAUCAAAUUUGAAGGAAGAAGUUUUAUUUUAUGCUUUCUGAUGGUUUAUAGAGUAAUAUUAGUGAAUUAAUACUGAUAUUUUACUAAUUCAAACAGUGAAAAAUAACAUAUUUUUAGAUAUUUUUGGUUUCCCCAUGAUGACCCCCCCAAUGUUACCAAGGGUGAUUACUCUGCAUUGAAGUUUAUAAAAACAAGCUUCCCUUGAACAUACAUGUAAUAACAUUUCAGGGCGCACAAAGGGGAAUUAUAUUGUUCGGAAUGGCAAAAAUACAAAAAUAAUCGUUUGAAUGCAUAAAAGAAAAAAUGUUUGAUUUGGUGGAAUUCACAUGUGAUCAUAGAAAAAUAUAUUUUCACAAGUGGUGCAUAUCAUUUUCUAUGAUCACUAAUGAAUUAAAUCGAUAUUCCACCAAAAACAACAAAUAUCCUCAUCUCCCUCACGGCUGAGUCUUGACUGUGUGAAAUAAUUUGUUAUCAUUAAUGUGGGAACAAUUUGUAAAAUAAAUACUAUUCACUAUUGUUGAAUUGUAAGCAUGUUAAUUACAUGCGUGUGUUGUGUUAAAGAAUGUCUACAAAAUCCAUGUACGAAAUAUGAGUCAAAUUUGUCUACAAAAUCCAUGGACGAAAUACAAGUCAAAUUUGACAUAUAUAUAGAUAUAUUGAUGUUUCUCAGAUAUUGUGCUAAAUCUGCAAAUCAUUUUAAGUAUUCUGUGUUUUUGUUUAUUGGUUAAUGUUUUUUUACAAUCUGAAAACUGGUUAUUCAGUCAUGCUUGUACGGUCAAGUGAAGUUAUAUGUAUUUGUUAAUUAAUAUAAGAACUAUUUUUUUAUACUUCUUUACUCAGUAUUUGCAUAUCACUUUUAAUGAACAUUCCAUUUUAUAUGACUAUAGCGAUAUAUUAUCUAAAUAUGUAUUAAACAUUUACAAUUGUAAAAGAGAUGAUUUUUAAUAGGGAGAAAAAACUUUUGAAGUCAUAAACGUCCGCAGCAGCCUACAUUGGGCAUUAAAUUUGUAGUCAAAAAAAGAUUUCUUUAUGGGGAUAUUACACUGAAGUAAUCAACGUUUGCAGAAGCCCCCCCCCCCCCCUCCCCCCCCCCCCCCCCCAAAUAAUUAAUGUCAAAGUGCAUUUUAAGGGCUUUUGAUAUCAUUACGAUAUGAUAAAUAUGAUAUUAUGUGAAAUGUGUUGUACAGAAAUCAUAAUUUAAAGGUGAUUGGUACUCAGUAUGAAUAUUUUUGUACUGAACUUUUUAUUUCAUAUGCAAAAAACUUGUUAUUUUGCAUGUAUAUUUUUUUUCUUAUAAAAUGUUUAAAUUGCCUAUUUGAUUUUGGUCCUUUGCAUGCUAAUUAUUCUAGAAUUAAUUUUCAGAAUAUAUUCUAGAUUAAAAUACUCGCCUAAAAUGAAUAUUUUUUAAUGGAUAGUAAUGUCAUCUAUUCAUUCUACCGUUCCCCUCAUUUAAAUGGAAUUGUUUUGUUCAAAGGAGCUGAUAGUCUUAUUUCUUUUUUGUACAGAGUUUUUUUUAUAUUUUAAUGCUACAAAAGCCAAUCAUAUCAUUAUUGUGCAACAUUUCAUUGCGUUUCUUAAAAAUGUAUGCUAUGGUAACAGUUAAAUUAUUAUUAAAAUUGUGUUCAAUCAUACUUUCAAAUAAAUCCCUAUAUUUUCCAUGUAUUAAAAGUAAAGACAUUCCAUUUCUAUGUGCCUUCCAAGCAUGAACUUUUUGGUAUUUUUUCACAGUAUGUUAACGUGCUAUUCAUUUUCAUAAACAUCUGGUUUAAAGUAAUUGGAAAUAAAAAAAUUGGUAAAAUAUUUGGGCCCAUCUCUGGUAAAAUGGGGUUACAUGCCAGUAAGUAGUGUCCCAGAAUAGCCUGGUUUCAUAGUUUUGUAGAUUGAUUUAUAACCAUGGUAGACUGUCAUCAAUAUAGUCACUAAACUUAUGAUGUAUACUCCAUAUGUUAUAGGUAUAAGAAACAAUUGAACGCUGUAGUUUGUGCCAGUACGGUUUACAAGUCUGACAUUUAUCCAACGUAAAUUAAAAUUUUCUAGCCAUACAUUUUGAAAAUAAGUUGAAACGCUCUUAUUGAAUAUAUUUGCACUCAGUAAAUUGAUUUCUUUGUACACUUUGUAAUGUGCUGGCACAGAAAAAUGGUUGUUGGCGUGUUCAGACAAAUUUUAAAUUGAGGGAGAUAAAGUACAUUAGAACUGUUACCGUAAUUUAAAAAACAUAGUUCUUUCUUUCUCAUCAAUAAAUCGUCGCUGUCGUUCUCAAACCUCGUAGCUACAAAAUGCCAACUUUUCAGGAGAGAAAAAACCGUCUCAUUUUUUUAUAGGAAACCUUGUAGUUGCAAAUUAAAAAAAAUUAUAAAAACGUUUUUGUCAAAUUUGUCCAAAACGAAACGACGUACCUAUAGGUGAAAUGGCGUCGCUACGACUUUUUGUGGGGAAAAAAGCCAACAAUCAUUCUACAACAUUUUGUCACGUCACAUGGCUUUUUCAAGAGCUCUGAUUGGCCUAGAGCUACGAGAUAUAGCACAAAACACAGGCCAGACUUCAUAUAUUCGGAAAAGACGAAAAAAAUAUUUUGAAAAUUUUGGAGCUACAAGGUUUGAGAAUGACAGCGACGAUAUUAUAGUUCGAUAACUCUUAUAUUGCAACUUUUAUUGAAAUACAUGCAAACCAUCUGGGCAAAUUAUUUCCCGAUAGUGUUGUUGCCCUUGACAAUUUUCAGUUGAAGAUAAUUCAUUGCUACCUAUGUUUAAUAACAGUCAUAUUUUAAAAUCUGUAAAGGGCUGUUUUAUGUAUUUCAUUGAGCUCAUCUAGGCGCAAUAUGCAACUAAACAAAAACCUGUACUUGUUUUGGUCAAAACUUAUAAAUAUGUAAUAGUGUGCAUAAUUAAUUGAUCAGAUUCAGGUUAAAGGAUUUUAGUUAUUAGAAUCAUAAGCAUUGUAAUGCUAAAAAAAGACCUUAAAAAACACUCAUAGAAAAUAUGUACUAAAUAUUUACUGUAUUUGCUAUGAAAUUUAUGUAUAAGAAAUUUUGGCUGUGUAAUGAUGUAUUCACAAUUAUAACUUUGUUUUUUCCGUUAAUAAGCUAUGUGAUGUAUUCCAAGUUUUUUGUUGAUUACAAUGCACUUGUAUCACUUUUAUUAAGAGGAUUGUGCUCUGUGAAAAGGGAGUUAAAUGCAUGUGUGUUAAGUGUCAUCCAAUAUUAGCCUGUGCAGUCCGCAAAGGUUAAUCAGGAAAAAAACUUUCCACUGUAAUGAUAUUGUAUGUUUAAAGAAAGUCUCUUCUUAGCAAAAAUCCAGUUAAGCUGUAAAGUGUCUUCCCUGAUUAGCCUGUGCGGACGGCACAGGCUUAUCUGGGACAACACUUUAUGCACAUGCAUUAAACCCCUUUUUUCACAUAGCACAGAGUAUUUUAAAUUGAAUUGUUGAUGGAUAUUGACACAAAGCUUUCAUAGCCAAAUAUUAUUAUGUAUCAUUUGAGAGUAUAUAAUUAUUAUAAUAAUGUAAGUAAAUUCCGAUGUUGAACAGA